ACAAAAAUAAAAAGAAAAAGGUUUAUAUCAAUUUAGAGGUUACAAAAGGAAGUUUUGAAUGGAAUUUGGGCAUAGUGGCGAUGUGAUGAAGAAGAGGUCAAGUUUUGGAUUAAGUGUUGCUGAUGAGAAGAUUAAACUGAUUGAUAUUCUGUCUGAAGAUGAUUACUUUCUUGUUGCUUGUGAUCAUUCUCUUCAAUCCUCCGUCUCAGGAAUUGAAAGAAUGGAACAAAAAGAGCAGAAUCUGUGUGUUCAAGAAUCAAGAACAAGUUUUCUAAGAAGAAGCUUAGCAUGGAACAGCGCCUUUUUCAACAGUUCAGGAGUUCUGGAUCCUGAUGAACUCUUCUUCAUGAACAAUGGAGCCAGUGCGACCAGUCUUCUACCUGCUGCUCAUGAAGUCCGAAAUCGAAGAUCCGAAUCUGAAUCCACUAAAAAUAAUGUCAGCAUUUUUGGAGACUGGUUUGAGCUUCAACCAUCAAUCACUGAAUCCAAGUCAAGUAAAGCUUUGAAUGUGGUAGAAAGAAGUUCAAAAUCUAGACCUAAACAAAUUGCCCAAUCUUCAAGAAUAUGUGAUAGGUCUUGUAAUAGCAAGGUGGUUAUUAAAUCUGAUCGAACUUCGAUUGGAAGAAGCAUCAAUGUCGAGAGCGAAGGGAAGAUGAAAAAGGAGUCAUUCUCCAGAAGAGCAUCAGGCAUCAGGAAUUGGCCAGCAAUAUCAAACCACAAUAUGGAGAAUAAAUCCACAAGAACUAGUUUAGGGCAAGGUUUGGUGAUGGGAGAGAAAUCAGCUUACAAGAUUUCAUCAAAUCUUCAACCUAUUACCUCUCUCUCUGCAGCCAAAUUCUCUCCCAUCUUCACACCAACAUCUGCAGCAGCUUCUGCCCUUUCCAAAUCAAAAUCCGAAUUAAAGAAAACUCAACCUUCUGCUUCAUCUUCAACCUCCAAAAUUUCAAGACUCUCAUUUAGGAAAAAAGGGAUUGGAAAUAUCAGUGCUUCAACUCAUUCAACAAGCUCAUUUGCGUCGCCUGCGAAUCCGACCCGCCAUUUCCCCUCUGCAACGCUCUUUUCGCCCGUUCACAAGCAGCGAAGAUCCGUUGAUUCGAAAGAUGUGAAAGAAGCAUCGAAUUUGCAGAGCAGCUUGCAAAUCCCGAAGAGUAUGAGGCCUUCUGGACUGCGGCCACCUUCGCCCCGCCACAGAUUCUUCGAUGAGAGCACUCCUCAGCACGCGGAAAGAAGCAGAAAAAUGCCUCAGAGAAAUCGCAAGAACCCUAGCUCAGAAUCGAGUAAAAGGGAUAUUACAGCUGCCGCCAUUGAUGAGAAAAAUGGGAAGAAGGAAGUGAAUUUUCCCGUGCAUCAACUUGAUAAUCUCUGCAGAAAUUUUGAGGCCGUCGCUCUGGAAAGCGAGAAAAUCAGUCGUGUGAAAGAAGAAAAUAAGCAGCCGAGUUCAAGAAUGGCUUCAUCGAGGCCGUGUAGGAGAACUCCGCUCGCAGACAAAACACCCAAAUGCAAUUUCAGUAGAGCAUUUGCAUCGCCAUUGAUGGAACCAAAGAAAGAUCAGAAGUUGGCGAGGAGGGCAUCAUCUGUUAGAUAUGCUUAGUGAUAUGAUAAUUUUUUCAGAACAAAUUUAAAAUAAAAGUUGUUUAUUACUAUCAAAUUGGAUUUGUUGGAGUUUAUUACAUGAUGUUUAAUAACCUCUAAGUAGGGGUGGUAAUCGGUCCGGUCCGAUUUUCCA